UAGGAUAAAGUCAGAUUGUUGAGUGGAAUCCAAUUACGUGAUAGAGUCAAUGGUGAGUACUGAGAAAUGACAAAUAUUCUGAAUCGGAAGGUCCGGUGUACACUGUUCCAAAUGCUUACAUUUAUUCCAACGGCGCAGUUGCUAAAGUGACAGUUUACGACACCGGAAAAACAGUUCAGACUGAUCUAUUCAUUCACAGCUGCAAAGCAAAACGUUCCGACAAAGCAUCGGUGAAAUCCGUCUAAAUUCUAGGGUUAAAGCUUUCUAGCACGAUUCAGUACAUGUACAUAUUGAUUUGUAUGUGAAUGGCUCAGGUUUUGAGGUAAGUGACGAAGAGAAGGAAGUGAAGUUUCAGAGGAGAUGGCGGAGGAGGGAUCGGAGAGGGAGAAUGGUGAGCGGUUGGCGUCGAUGGAUUCGAUCGAGUCGCGUUGGGUGUUUCAGGACGAGGAGGGGUCGGAGAUGGAUAAUGACGGCACUGAUACCGGCGAAAGCGUCGAUGAGUCGCUGCAGCUGAACGGUAUUGACUCCGACGACGAGGACAACGCCGAGCAGCGGCUGAUUCGGACUGGUCCUCGGAUUGAUUCUUUCGACGUCGAAGCUCUCGAAGUUCCCGGUGCUCAUAAGAAUUACUAUGAGGAUGCUACUUUAGGCAGGAGAAUCAUAUUGAUCAUUCAGACACUUGGAGUAGUCUUUGGUGAUGUGGGGACAAGUCCAUUAUAUACAUUUAGUGUGAUGUUUAGUAAAGCCCCAGUGAAUGGAAAUGAAGAUGUUCUUGGUGCAUUAUCAUUGGUUAUAUACACCUUAAUCCUGAUUCCAUUGGUCAAAUAUGUCCUUAUUGUUCUUUGGGCCAAUGAUGGUGGUGAAGGUGGUACAUUUGCUCUAUACUCAUUAAUUUGUAGGUAUGCUAAUGUUAGUCUUCUCCCUAAUCAAUUGCCAUCUGAUACUCGCAUAACAAGCUUCAGACUCAAGGUGCCAUCUCCAGAACUUGAGAGGUCUUUGAAAAUAAAGGAAAGACUUGAAACAUCACUCACAUUGAAAAAACUUCUUCUGAUGUUAGUUCUUGCUGGCACCUCUAUGGUGAUAGCUAAUGGUGUUGUUACACCAGCUAUGUCAGUGGUAUCUGCUGUUGCGGGCUUAAAAGUUGGAGUUUCAAUUGAGCAAGAUCAAGUGGUCAUGAUUUCAGUGGCAUUUCUUGUAAUUUUAUUCAGUGUACAGAGGUACAUGACAAGUAAAGUGGGACUUGUAGUUGGUCCUGCCUUAUUUGUUUGGUUCUGUUCCCUUGGUGGCAUUGGAAUUUAUAACAUUGUGAAGUAUGAUAACCGUGUGUGGAGAGCAUUUAAUCCAGUUCACAUCUACUACUAUUUCAAGCGUAAUUCUACUAAGGCCUGGUACUCACUUGGGGGCUGUCUUUUGUGUGCAACAGGUUCUGAAGCAAUGUUUGCUGAUCUUUGCUACUUCUCUGUGCACUCAGUUCAGCUCACUUUUUUGUUUCUUGUACUUCCAUGCCUUCUACUGGGUUACCUCGGUCAAGCUGCUUACCUGAUGGAUAAUCAUUCUGAUACAACACAUGCUUUCUUUUCAUCCGUGCCAAAUGGAGCUUUCUGGCCUGUAUUUUUAAUUGCUAAUAUCGCAGCACUGAUUGCCAGCAGGGCAAUGACGACAGCAACUUUUUCUUGUAUUAAACAAUCAACAGCUCUAGGUUGCUUCCCUCGCCUUAAAAUUGUUCACCCAUCUAGGAAAUUCAUGGGUCAAAUUUAUAUACCAGUCAUGAAUUGGUUUCUGCUGGCAUUGUCAUUGGUGUUGAUCUGCUCUAUAUCAAACAUUUAUGAGAUUGGAAAUGCUUAUGGCAUUGCUGAGCUUGGAAUGAUGAUGAUCACAACGAUAUUAGUAACCGUUGUUAUGCUUCUAAUAUGGCAGAUCAACAUAAUUAUUGUGCUGAGCUUUGUUACCAUUUUCUUGGGAGUGGAGUUAACAUUCUUUUCAUCUGUAUUAUGGAGUGUGGGAGAUGGUAGUUGGAUCAUAUUAGUAUUUGCAGUUGUCUUGUUUCUAGUAAUGUACAUAUGGAAUUAUGGGAGCAAGCUGAAGUAUGAAACUGAAGUAAUGAAGAAGAUGUCUAUGGAUUUAUUGCGGGAAUUGGGUCCAAACCUAGGAACAGUAAGAGCUCCAGGAAUUGGAUUGCUUUACAAUGAACUGGCAAAGGGUGUACCAGAGAUAUUUGGACAUUUCCUUACCACUCUUCCUGCAGUGCAUUCAAUGAUAAUUUUUGUAUGUAUCAAAUACGUUCCUGUCCCUGUUGUGCCUCAGAAUGAAAGGUUCUUAUUCCGGCGAGUCUGCCCCAAAAGCUACCACAUGUUCCGAUGUAUUGCUAGAUACGGCUACAAGGAUGCUCGAAAAGAAAACCACCAAACUUUUGAGCAGCUACUGAUUGAGAGUCUUGAGAAAUUCAUUUGCCGAGAAGCUCAGGAACGGUCGCUUGAAAGUGAUGGUGAUUCUGAUUCUGAAGAAGAGAGCACCUUUUCAAGGGUCCUUGUAGCCCCCAAUGGCAGUGUAUAUUCACUUGCAGUGCCUCUCUUGGCUGAUUUUGAAUACAAGGGGAAACUGGUUGUUGAAGAAAGCACCUCAAGUGAUCCUAACAUCUCUGAUGCUGAGCAGAGUCUUGAAAAGGAACUCUCCUUCCUACGCACAGCCAAAGAAUCCGGUGUAGUUUACCUUCUUGGUCAUGCUGACAUUCGGGCAAGGAAGGAUUCCUGGUUCGUCAAGAAGCUUAUCAUAAAUUAUCUAUACGCCUUCCUGAAAAAGAACUCGAGGAGGGGAAUAUGCAAUUUGAGCGUGCCCCAUUCGCACGUAAUCCAGGUUGGUAUGACUUACAUGGUGUAAAAAUUAGCUGCUGCAAUGGAAAGAGGUCACAUGUUAAUUCAGUUUGGCCAGAGCUCCUCGUUAUUCUGGCACUCUUCUCCAACAGAAUGCAAAUCUAAUUGAUGAAUGCUGAUAGACAAGCCAUUUCCAGUUGCCAAAGCACAAUUUUGAAGAUCCCUCGUUAUCUUUACUAGGGUCUAGGGGGAUUUGGCUGUUCUCAUUUGGGUUUCUUGAUUUUACGCUGAUUUGAAGGUUGCGUGCCGUUGCUUUUGUUUCAUCAAGGCGACUAGGCCCUGCUUGUAUGAUGAUGAUUGAAUGUUAACAAUAUUGUUGACCACUAAAUUUUUUAUCUGUAUACUAUGCAGAAUUUUGACUUUUUAAUGAUAUGAUGGAAUUUAACAAUA